AUGCUCCCAUCAUACGCUUUAUUAAGAGCCCAAAGCAAGAGUUACAGACUCCGGGUGAGGGGCACUGCGGAGGGGAAACCGCUCCCUUCCCGCCCGAGCCGCCUCUCCCCAGGGCACCUUUGGCGCCAAGCUCGCGCACGCAGCCCCGCCGCCUCAGGAGCCCGGGCCGCGGCCCCGCCGGCCCCCCCGGGGCCCGGGACCGUGCCCACGCGGCCCACACCGCGCUGCCCGGCGGAGAAACCCGCGGGACGAGCCGAGCCCCGCUCUGCCCCUCAGCUCCCGGGGCCCUCGCCGGGCGCGUCGCGCUCGCCCGCGCCCCGCGGGCCGCCCAGGCCGCCGCCGGGGCCCAGCGCGCCGCCCGCGCCCCCCGCGCGGCGGGGUCCCCGGAAGGCCGGCCGGCCGCCCGCUCUCCCCGACAGGAAAUCCUGGCUGGGCUGGGCGCUGCGGAGGGAGCCGCGGCGCCGGGUUCCGGGGGAAGUGGAAUUAUUUUUUACCAGCGAAGAGAUCAACUUCCACAUCCGUGGUUACCUGGGAGAGGCUGACUCCCUCCCACACGGCCACAACCUCGGACCUGGACAUUGUAAAGUCACCCCUGAGCCUCCUCCAGGCUGAACCCUCAGCUCCUUCAGCUGCUCCUCACAGAACUUGGGUUCCAGGUCCCUUACCAGCUUCAUUGCCCUUCUCUGGACCUGCUCCAGCCCCAAAAUAUCCUUAAAUGAAAGGUCUGAGAACUGUAUUCAGGGUGUUGCCUCACCAGUUGCAAAUAUGGGGGAAGGUACACUUUGGGAUCAUAGAAAUAGGACUUGAUAGGAUUACAGCUCCAAAAUAGUCUUCAGUUGUUGCUGCUCCAUCAGAGGGCUCUGGCCUUCAGUCCCAGGCUGGUACUGGACCUGACAGCCCAGGCCCUGAAACAUUUGUCUCCCAGUUUUGCUUCAACAUUACAAAAUGGUUGUGCUCACAUUCUCCCCAAAGCUGUUGCGAGUCAUACAUCUGCUACUGUGAAGCACGGAUCUCAUAAUCGUCAUCCUUCAGGAAAACAUACCAACGACAAAAUUCCAGUCUGUUAUUUUGGAGAUUAUAAUACCCACUAGAUAAUCAGAGGAUUUUUACGCUGUUUACAGAGCCAUUAUUAUUUGCCUUUGACCUACCUAAUGCAGCUUUGUACAAAAUACAAAUAACAAUAUUCCAAGCA